AGUGCAAAGGAAAUAUCUCUAGACAAGGCAAGUGCCUUGUUGUAGUGGUAGGCGGGUGACAACAGUGCACGGGACACUGGCGGGGUGUUUUACUUGAGGAAUGAGGCAGCUGAGGCAGUCCACAACCUUCGGGAGUGGCAGUAUGUUCUAGCCACCCGCGAGGGAAGGAGCGCCAGUUCACAGCUGCAGUGUUUCUGGCGAUCAGUGCUGGUCUGCUGCCAUCACUUCUCGUCUCUUGGGCCUGCAUUACUGUCACGUACUUCAUUGCUCUCACGAAAGGCCAACGAUGGGAGCCGCUGAGGGCGAGAGCGAGGGAUGUUGUAACUUGCUGUACGUGUUGUUGGGCGUCGCGUCAGUUCUGUGGCUCGUCAGGAAGAUUGCCUACUCCACUCAGAGCAGAUGGUUCGCGUGGGUGAUGCACUUCUGCACCAAGGAUAUCUUUCUGGAGAUCGAGGAGGUCAAGAAGGAGCACUUCGCCAGCAUGUCCUCCAUUGUCUCCCAGGACCCUGCACUGCGCGGCAAGAAGGCCAUCAGAAUCCUGGAAAUCGGGGUCGGCACAGGCGUCAACUUUGCCCACUUCCCUGAAGGGAGUCACCUGGUGGUGGUGGACCCCAACCCGCACUUCAAGUCUUAUUUCGAGGAGAACAGAAAGAGGUUCCUGCAUCUAGAGGUGGAGGACUUUAUCGUGACCACAGGUGACCACAUGGAGGCAGUGAAGGACGGCUCCGUGGACGUGGUGGUGGUGACGCUGGUGCUGUGCUCUCUGCCCAGCGAGACAAUACAGGCCACCUUGAAAGAAAUCCAGCGUGUCCUUGUCCCUGGCGGCAAAUUUUACUUCAUGGAGCACAUCGCGGAGUUUGACCUGAAGAAGUACUGGUGGCGGAGGAAGCUGCAGCACGUCCUCACCCACUGGAUCCCCGUAUGGCCCUUCAUCUUCGACGGCUGCUGUCUGGACCGCGACACGCUGCCGAUAAUCCAGCAGGCGGGCUUCUCCUCCGUCCACGCUCAGAAGUACCAUGCGCCUAUCCCGAACAUAUUCUUUGACCCGGAGCGUCCAAAUCUGAAGGGUGUUGCUACUAAAUAGUUCACUUCUAACUUUUUUUUUUUCCUCUCUUUUUCUAGUGUCUCGCUGCGUUUUUUUUCUUUUUUGUUCUUGUUGUCUUCUACUUGUUCUUGUUCCUGUUCUAGUUCAUCUCCUGAGGGCAUCGUUAUGAACUAUUUGAUUAGCUCAUCGCAGUUUCUCGGCAGGGGAAGUCUCUCUCUCUCUCUCUCUCUCUCUCUCUCUCUCUCUCUCUCUCGUAGCCCUAGUCCCUGCUUGAUGGCGUAAUUACUCCACAACUAGCAAGACGAGUGAUUUUUACGGCUCGCCAAGCAGAACUUCACUGUACUAAUCAUAACACAACGUUGUCAAGGCAGUCAGUUAGUCAGUCAGUCAGUCAAAGUCAUUCAAUCAGUCAGUCAGUUUAUCAAUGAAUGCAUCAGUCACUCAGGCAGUCACUCAGUAAAUCAACCAUACUAACUAACCUAAUGGAAACUCAAGAAUACACGUGCUUAGUCAGGAAUAUCGUCUUUUAAGUUUGAUGAGUCGUUGAAUAAAGUACCAAGUGUUUAUUCCUUCAAAAUAUUCACACAGCGAACAUUUCUCUCUAAUUCACAACCGUUAAUAAUCCUUGAACACUGCGCAACUGGAAGGUACAUAUUAUUGUUUUAUUUGCUAUGUUAACUAAUGAUAUGCGUUUCACUAACCCUUCGUAUUUUUCAUCUAAUGUUUUGGCCAUGAAAUAAUUGCUUAAACACACACACACACACACACACACAAAGGUCAGAUAAAAGACUAACUGGUUAAGAAGGAGAGUUUAUAUUCAACUUCGUACCAUCCUAAAGACUCAACACUCGAUCAGUACCAGUAGUAGUACGAGUCUCUCUCUCUCUCUCUCUCUCGUUAAGUUUUCAAUACAAUGGUCCAAUAGUUAACUUCACUCUUUCCUUCCCUCCUUCACUGCCUCUUAUGUCUCGUCUCGUAAUGGUGCACGGAUGGUUGCAAGAGUCGAGGCGCGUCACUCCUCGCAUGCCUCGGGUGUCGGCCCUCUGUAGGCGUUACACACCACCCGCCUGAGGUCGUCCUGUGCCAGCGACAGUGUCUUCGCCGUGAACACCUGAUGGGAAUGUUGAUUAAUUUCCCAUCCUGUUGUAUGCUUAUUUCACCUUUUCUGAAGCAAUUUGAUACUAAUGAAUUACAAUAAAAAGGUUGUAACGAGAAAA